AUGGCCGCUACUAACCCGGGUAUGGUGCAUGUGGUGGAGCCUUCUAGUACCAAAAUGACAUUGCAUGAUGGUAAAAGAAUGAGGGUAUUUCACCGUGCAUUUUGGUCAUUCGAGCAAUGCACGAGGGCAUUCGAACAUUGUAGGUCGGUCAUCACCAUCGAUGGUACCUUCUUGACCGGGCAGUACAAGGUCACACUAUUGGUGGCAAUUGCAAAUGAUGCGAGCAACCGCUUAGUACCAUUGGCUUUUGCAUUGGUAGAGGUUGAGAACAAUGAUAUCUGGCAAUGGUUUUUCCAUAUAUUGAGGACGAGGGUCAUACCACCCUCAAAGGAAGUGUGUGUCAUCUCGGAUCGUCAUCAAGGAAUUCUCAAUGCGGUGGAGAUUGACAUUCCCGGGCAUGCUCCCUUACACCACCGAUGGUGCAUGAGGCAUUUUUGUGCAAACUUCUACCGGGCAUGCAAAAACAAAGAGUUGUCUGGACUUCUUCAAGAUUUUUGCCUCGCUUACUCCAAGCGCCGCUUCACAAACCUAUACAACGGAUUGCUCAAGCACAAAGACCUCACCCCGGGUGGUUUUGAGUUUCUUCAGAGGCACCUUAUAUUUAACUCAAAGUGGGCACGAGCUUAUAAUGAGGAUGGGAGGAGAUAUGGUCAAAUGACAAGCAACAUGGCUGAGUGCUUCAACAAUGUGCUGAAGGGUAUCCGUGCAUUGCCCGUGACAACAAUCAUUCAAUACACAUUCGAGAAUUUGAAUGUCUAUUUCCAGAACUACACCGAAGAAACGGAGAAGGAAAUUUCUAAGAACUGCGAGUACCCAACGAAGGUUCAAGAGUUCAUGGACUUUCAGGCGAGGAAGGUGGACUCCCAAAUGGCUACAUGUUAUGACAAUGUUGACUGGGUGUAUCAAGAGGCCAUCUUUGCUUCAUUUGGCUUGCUCCCACUUGCUCACAGCGGCACGCACUAG